CUCUAAUUGGUUUUCCAAAUUGGUUUGUUUGGGGUCCUGUGGCUGCACAUAUCCAACCUUAACUUCGGCCGUCGAAUCUUUCUGGUCAUUGGUUGUUUUUAAUUCUUUCAAAAAUUCAAACACAACCCAAAAUCUCUUGGGAAAUGCUAGAUUCACUGCUUCUCCUAGCAGCAGAUUUUGGGUUCUUCUGACCCAAUUAUUCAUUUUCCCCAACUUGGUCUUGUUGAAUUUUUAUUGGGGUUGUAAAUUCCUUGUUGAGUUUGAAAGUUAUUUCCUUUUUCCCCUUCUGGAUUCAAGUCCCAAGUAUUUGCUUAAAUUGGGGUAUUUUUUUAUAUCAGAAUUGUUGCUUUGAGGUUUUCCAAGGCUUGAAAUCUGAAAAUGACGAUUGGUAGUCUAGCACCUAAGGCAGAGAAGAAGAAAUCAAGGAAGAACAAGACUGUUGUUGUUAAUGAGAAUGCACCCUUGUUGCCAAAAAGUCAUGUUCAGGAGAGUGAUGCUGGUUUUGAUGAUUUCAAUGGAGCUUCAUUUUCUGGGGCUGUUUUUAACUUAUCCACCACAAUUAUUGGUGCUGGUAUCAUGGCCUUGCCUGCAACCUUGAAACAGUUGGGGAUGAUACCUGGUCUUCUUGCCAUCAUCAUCAUGGCUUUGUUGACAGAGAAGUCAAUUGAGCUUUUGAUUCGGUUUACCCGGGCUGGGAAGUCUGCUUCUUAUGCUGGUCUCAUGGGGGAUUCCUUUGGGAAUUAUGGAAAAGCUCUGGUGCAGAUAUGUGUUAUAAUCAAUAACAUCGGUGUUCUGAUUGUUUACAUGAUUAUAAUUGGUGAUGUGCUCUCUGGAACAUCUUCAAGUGGAGAUCAUCACUAUGGUAUCCUUGAAGGAUGGUUUGGUGUGCAAUGGUGGACAGGCCGGACAUUUGUUGUACUUUUUACAACACUUGCCAUAUUUGUACCUCUUGCGAGCUUUAAGCGAAUUGAUUCAUUGAGAUUCACGUCCGCCCUUUCAGUCGCACUUGCAGUUGUUUUUCUAGUCAUUGCCGUGGGAAUUGCUGUUGUCAAGAUAUUUAGUGGAGGCAUUGUGAUGCCCAGACUCUUCCCUGUCACGACUGAUGUGGCAUCAUUCUUCAGACUAUUCACUGUAGUUCCUGUGUUUGUGACUGCGUAUAUCUGCCACUACAAUGUUCACAGCAUAGACAAUGAACUUGAGGACUCCUCACAGAUGCAAGGGGUUGUACAAACCGCCCUUGUUCUAUGCUCUUCAGUGUAUGUAAUGAUAAGCUUCUUUGGGUUCCUCCUAUUUGGCGAAGGAACUCUUGAUGAUGUACUGGCCAAUUUCGAUACCGAUCUUGGAAUUCCUUUCGGUUCUGUGCUCAAUGAUGCUGUUCGUAUAAGCUAUGCUGCGCACCUGAUGCUUGUAUUUCCAGUUGUCUUCUUUCCGUUGCGUCUCAACAUAGAUGGUCUCCUCUUCUCAAAAUCAAGGCCUCUGGUUCUGGAUAACGUCAGAUUUGCAUCACUCACUGUUGCCCUUAUUGGUGUUAUCUUCCUGGGAGCAAAUUUCAUACCUAGCAUUUGGGAUGCCUUCCAGUUUACUGGAGCAACUGCCGCAGUCUGUAUAGGAUUCAUUUUUCCAGCUGCCAUCACUCUUAAGGACCGCUACAACAUUGCUACUAAAUCAGACAAGACUUUGUCUGUCAUUAUGAUAGUCCUUGCAGUCUUCUCAAACGUUGUGGCUAUAUACAGUGAUGCAUAUGCCUUGAUCAAGCAGAACAAAACUUCACGCGAAUGAUGGCCAUGAUUUUAGAUGAGAGGAACUGAAUUGACAGGGUUAUUGGUCAAUUAGAAAAUCGGGGUUUUCUGAGAGGAUCUGAUGGGUUGAUUUGAAUAAACAGAGAAGCUACCCUGUGUACAAAUGUGCUUCAGAAGUGUUGAGGCCAGCAACAUGCGUUCAGCCUCCUUUGUAAUUUUUUGCCAUUCUGUUGUUAUAGUUGAAGUUUUUAUUGAAUAUUACUCUCUUUCCCUGAUUUAUUCUUCCCCAAAUGUAAUAAUAGAAACCUUUGUUGGCAUUUGUAUGUAUUUAUUGUAUUGGAGAAGGAAUGAAUUACUUAAAGAAUGAUAUAUAGUUCAAGAAUUGGACGAGAGAAAAUUGUAGCUUUCAUCUAUUCUCCCUCCCCUUCUCUUUU